GGAAGCUCUGUCUCUCCUCGCUCCCCGUACGUGGACUCUGAUUGCCUGAGCUUUGGACCCGGACCGUCGCCUGCUUGUGGCUUGGUGCUUUGUUGUCGCCGUCCCGUUGAUGUCGGUGUGAUGGCGCAGGACAAUCUGUGCGUGGUGCUGCGCUCUAAAGGAGACCUGCGGCUGGAGAACUGUGCUGUUCCGGAGCCGGGACCUAACGAGGUUCUGCUCCAGAUGCACUCUGUCGGCAUCUGUGGAUCUGACGUUCACUACUGGCAGCAUGGACGAAUCGGGGACUUUGUGCUCACCAAACCCAUGGUGCUGGGGCACGAGGCGGCGGGACGGGUGGUGAAGGUCGGAUCAGCCGUGAAGCACCUCCAAGUGGGUGACAGAGUGGCCAUUGAGCCCGGCGUUCCCCGCGACAUGGAUGAGUUCUUCAAAAACGGACGCUACAACUUGUCUCCUAGCAUCUUCUUCUGUGCCACACCCCCCGAUGACGGAAACCUGUGCCGAUACUACAAGCACAACGCCAGCUUCUGCUACAAGUUACCUGAUAACGUGACUUACGAGGAGGGAGCUUUAAUCGAACCCCUGUCUGUGGGGAUUCACGCCUGCCGCAGAGCUGGCGUGACCCUCGGCAGCACUGUGCUCAUCUGUGGAGCAGGACCCAUUGGGCUGGUGUCUUUGCUCGUGGCCAAGGCAAUGGGGGCGUCACAGGUCGUCAUCACCGAUCUGUCUGCGGAGCGCCUGGCAAUGGCCAAAGACGUGGGCGCUGACUUCCAGCUGCCAGUGAGGAGAGGAGACGAACCCCAGCAGCUCGCCAGGAGCGUUGCCCACCUGCUCGGAACUCAGCCUCACAUCGCUAUUGAAUGCACCGGUGCUGAGAGCAGCAUCCAGACUGCCAUCUAUGCAACGCGUUCAGGAGGCGUGGUUGUGUUGGUGGGUCUGGGCCCUGAGAUGGUCACUGUCCCUCUGGUCAACGCUGCUGUGAGAGAGGUGGACAUCCGAGGAGUUUUCCGCUACUGCAACACCUGGCCGAUGGCCAUCGCCAUGUUGGCGGCGGGUAAAGUGGACGUGAAGCCCCUCGUGACCCACCGUUUUCCCCUGGAGCAGGCGGUGCAGGCCUUCGAGACCACACGCCAGGGUGUCGGCAUCAAGGUUAUGUUAAAGUGCGACCCCAACGACCAGGACCCCUGAUCCGAGCAGCUGCGAAGAAGCAAAAGGAACAACCGGACCGACAAUCUGUCUGAACAUUAACCCCAGACAGAUAACAGAGGGGGUUCAAAGAGUCUAGUAAUGACACCGUGAAAGACAACUGGCUGCUGUGCUGCCUGCAGCUCAGACAUGUAGUUAACCAAAGAGUAAAAUCCCAUCAGCACAGUUCUUUAAAUACAUUUCAUAUAACCUUCACUCUUGUAUUAUAGAUCUAUAAUUAUUUAAAUAAUGCCACAACAAUAUUUUGUUAGUAAAUAAAAUUUAAUUUACAAAGUG